UCUCACUGCGACACAGAGUCAGUGGUGCUAUGACUGGAGGUGGAUUCUGGAUAAACCUUUAAACCGUAGCUCUCCUUCACCUGAGCGUCAGACGUACCUGGAGUUGAUUGCCGCAGUGUAACCAUGUACAACAACGGCUAUAACAAAAGCUAUUCCGGAGCCAAAGUGGGAUUUCCAGCCAAGAAAAUGCACAGACCAGAGGAAAAGGGUUGCGGUUACUACAUGAAGCUGAUCUUCUUCUUUUCCUCACUGAUCCAGUCUCUCAUCAUUGUCAGUCUGGUGCUCUUUCUGGUUUACGGACAGCCGGAGCAGACCACAGAAGAGAAGAGGGUAAAGGAACUGGAAAAGAAUAACAAUAAGCUGAGUCUGGAAAAAAUGUCUCUUCAAGACAAAGUGAAGAACCUCACCAAGCAACUGAACAUCACGGUUACAGCAAAGAAGGCUGCUGAUAAAGACGUACAAUCGAUGCGUGAACUGGCCAAAAAUUCCACCUUUAAUAUAAAUUUCUUGCAAAGCAGAUGGCGACAGUGUGAGACAGAGAAAAGGACAGUUUCGAAUCCCAUUUGUCCCGCCGUCUCUUUUACAGGCCGAGGCUGUGAGUUUUUGCUUCAGAAAUCUGAAGAAAUGCUGAAACUUGUCAACACAAACUUCACCGAACAAAUGAGUACCAUGAAAAUCAAUUUCGAAAACGCCAAUAAAGACAGAAUGGUGUAUCAUCUGGAAGCAAUCCAGCUGCGACGAGACAAAGCCUCCCUCGAAGAAAGGAUCGAGAUCUACGAGAAAUCCUGUAAGGAGGAUUUCGUCAAUUCUUUGCAGGGAAUCCCGAACGUAACCAGGCAGUUUCUUAAAAAGGUUGACGAUUUGUUCACGAAGCACGAAUCCUUCCAGCUCACUUGUGACAAACAAAGCACGAAGCUCGAAGACAUUCGGGUGAACUGCAGCAGCCUGUCCAGAGAGGUGGAGAACAAGCUUCAGACAUAUCUGGACAGAGUGGGAAGUCAGGUCACGGCUCUUCUGGGCGCGAAUGCCAAAUUCCAAACAAAAAACAAACUACUGGCAGAGGAUGCCAUGUGGUGCAAGGGGAAUCUCAGUGCCACUGUGGAGCAGAAACAAAAGGCUCUCACGCAAGCUCAGCUGAAGCAUGAUGAAGAAAAGGAGAAGCUCCUGCUGCAGGUCAGACAGCUGACCGAAAAUGGGAAACUUAAUGAAAAUCUACUGACUGUGAAAGAUAUCGAUAUUAAAAUUCUUAACGAGAAGGUCAACAGCCUCAACAUGUCACUGACCACUUGUAAGGCCUCACAAAAAAACAUUUUCAGUUCAUUUCCUUCCGGAAGGACCAACACGUGGAAUUCUGGCGGGUCACAGCUGACUGGACUUGGUAGCAUCGGACAAGGUACAGCAGGACUGAGCAAUACAGGUUUAGGCAGCAGUACAAGUCUACUGGGGCGAACGGGUAUGGCUGUACCAGGGGUUAACAAUCCAGGGUUGAGUGGAACAUCCGGCAUUAGAACAUCGUCAACUGUAGCAGGAACCGGUAUAACUGACCUCCAGUUUUCAGCACUAAUCAAUCAACACUUGCGAGACCUUCAACGUUAUACGAAAGAUUGAAGAAGAUCGAAGACAGACUGAAGGAUCCAGCGACAUCUGUGCCACCAGUAUAUGGAAUAGAUGUGGUCAGGAGGGGAUGAUAACUUUUCUAUACUCUCAGAACUCAGAAAGAAUAACAGGUUUAUAUUAUCACGUCGUCAUUUCUAUAAUAAAAGUCAUUUUGUAAACGGGGUUCAGCACAUAAUCUGUCAUAAUCUUCAAAAACUGAUCAUUUUUUAAUAUUCAUGUUUAUAUAUCUUUCAUGGAAGAAGUCUCAGGUUUUCAACACAGUUUCCUUCACAGGAGAGUCUUCAGGACAGACCAAGCAAAUUCAUGCUUUCUGGUUUCUCGAGAACUACAAACUGUAUUUUUUUUUAAUUAUUAUUAUUAUCUAGUCUGGUUGAGAAACAACUGUUUAUAGCUGUGAUAAUGUACAUGAUAAUCAGCAAUCAACAUAAAUGUGACUAUAUAUGGAUAAAAAUCUCUACAUGACGUUUGAUACACGUCAUGUUUUUGAAUAAAAGGCUUAAAAUGUGCAUUUUUUAAUGAACUAUUAUUCUCAUGAUGUUAAUAAAAUGCACAGAAACCUUUUAAUAUAAGGUUAGUCAUAUAAAUGUACACUGAUCAGGCAUAACAUUAUGACCACCUAUUAUUGUGUUGGUCGCCCUUUUCCUGCCAAAACAGCCCUGACCCAUCAUGCACUGUGUAUUCUGACAGCUUUCUAACAGAACCAGCAUUAACUUCUUCAGCAGUUUGAGCAACAGUAGCUUGUUUGUUGGAUCGGAUCACACGGUCCAGCCUUCACUCCCCACGUGCAUCAGUGAUCCUUGGCCGCCCAUGACCCUGUCGCCGGUUCACCACUGUUCCUUCCUUGCACCACUUUUGAUAGAUACUGACCACUGCAGACUGGGAACACCCCACAAGAGCUGCAGUUUUGGAGAUGCUCUGAUCCAGUGGUCUAGCCAUCGCAAUUCGUCAAACUCGCUCAAAUCCUUACACUUGUCCAUUUUUCCUGCUUCUAACACAUCAACUUUGAGGACAAAAUGUUCACUUGCUACCUAAUAUAUCCCACCCACUAACAGGUGCCAUGAUGAGGAGAUCAUCAGCCUUAUUCACUUCACCUGUCAGUGGUCAUAAUGUUAUGCCUGAUCGGUGUAUGUAAGUCAGUUGUUUUACUUGCGAUCUUGCACUUAUUUGACAUUUUUUAUCUUCAUGUAUGUCUUUAAAAAAAUAUCAAUAAUAAUAAUAAAAAUAUCACAAAAGAAAACACA